GAAUAGUCAUUUAUUUGUCUUUCCUUCCAGCUGGAAACUUUUGGGGUCGGACGUUGUCUGCAGUCUCCAGUUCCACAGACCCGACCAGUUAUGACGGCUUUGGACCCUUCAUGCCAGGCUUUGAGAUCAUCCCAUACAACGACCUGCCUGCACUGGAGCGUGCUCUUCAGGAUCCAAAUGUUGCUGCCUUCAUGGUGGAGCCCAUCCAGGGUGAAGCAGGCGUCAUUGUCCCAGACCCAGGGUACCUGACGGGAGUUCGGGAGCUCUGCACCAGGCACCAGGUCCUGUUUAUUGCUGAUGAAAUACAGACAGGAUUGGCCAGAACUGGUAGAUGGCUGGCUGUGGAUCAUGAGAAUGUCAGACCUGACAUUGUCCUUCUUGGGAAGGCCCUUUCUGGUGGCUUAUACCCUGUGUCUGCAGUGCUGUGUGAUGAUGAGAUAAUGCUGACCAUUAAACCAGGCGAGCAUGGCUCCACGUACGGUGGCAACCCGCUGGGCUGCCGAAUUGCCAUCGCAGCUCUUGAGGUUUUAGAAGAAGAGAAUCUUGUUGAAAACGCAGACAAGAUGGGCGCUGUCCUGAGGAAGGAGCUCAUGAAGCUGCCCUCGGACGUUGUGACUGCCGUAAGAGGGAAAGGGCUGCUGAAUGCCAUCGUCAUCAGAGAAACCAAAGAUUGCGAUGCUUGGAGGGUGUGUCUGCGACUCCGAGAUAAUGGACUUCUGGCCAAGCCGACCCACGGCGACAUCAUCAGGCUUGCCCCUCCACUAGUGAUCAAGGAGGAUGAGAUCCGCGAGUCAGUGGAGAUCAUUAACAAGACUAUCUUGUCCUUCUGAGAGUAGGAACCGCUCACUUCGCUCCCUCCCUGGAAGCCAUCUUCACACGGGGUCUUGUGAAACUCCACUCACAGUGGGUACAUUCAACUGCUCUGUCUCUUAAAAGACACUUUUUUGAACACACA